UGUUUGACGAUUCAACGUAAUCGAAGAAAUCCGUUUAUUAUAACAAAGAUAUAUCGAAUUUUCCGGAUGAUUAUCGUGUAAUUUGCGACUGAUCUCUUUGGGCGACGCUAUAUUUUUGCGAUAUCAUGGACACAAAAGCCCAGACACCGGAGAAAAAGGCUGCAGCUGCACCAGCUGCAGCCAAGGAGGAUGCGAAGAGCAAGGCAAAGGUUGCGAAGGGAAAGCCCGCGAGAGGAAAGCCGAGGAAUUAUGACUUGGGGAACGGCGUCUAUAGGUUCAGUCGUACCCGCAUGUACCACAAAAAGGCUAUCUAUAAAUUCCUUGGGAAGAAAACCCCGAAAAAGGUCAAACCGAAGAAGCCCUUGACUAUCGAAAAGCAGAUCGGUGGUGACAAGAACGGAGAGAAGCGUAUCGUGCUUUUGAAAAAGAGACGCGCAAACUAUCCUACCGCCGAUCGCGUUACCGUGCACCAUGCUAAGAAAUGUUUCCACGAACAUCGUCGUUAUCUGAGACCUUCUCUAAGACCAGGAGCAGUCUGCAUCCUGUUGGCUGGUCCGCAUAAGGGAAAGAGAGUGGUCUUUCUGAAACAACUGAAGAGUGGCUUGCUUUUGAUUACUGGACCAUUCCUGAUCAAUUCGUGUCCUUUGCGAAGAGUCAGUCAAAAUUAUAUAAUUGCCACUUCGACAAGAUUGAAUGUCUCAGACAUCAAAUUGCCUGGACACAUUAAUGAUGACUACUUCAAGAGGAAACGCGAUAAGCGCGCCAAGAAAGAGGAAGGUGAUAUCUUCAGCAAAAAGAAGGAAGAAUACAAACCGAGUGAUCAGAGAAAGGCUGAUCAGAAAGUAGUUGACAAAAUGGUAAUCGAUGCUAUUAAGAAACAUCCAGAUAAGAAACUGCUGUUCACGUACCUGUCGGCAAUGUUUGGACUACGAAGCAGUCAGUAUCCACACAGAAUGAAGUUCUAAUUCUAUCUGUCGUGCGUAUAUAUCGAACUUUUCGAAGAAAUAAAUAUGAAACUAUAAAACGUAUUAUCUAUUUCUUGUAUGAAAUAUAUAUCUGCAGGAUGUCAGAGAUGGUAA